AAUAGAAAUGUCAGAACGAGCGCUUCGAAGAACAACUUUUAGUGGUAGAUUGCUUCGUUUCAAGGAGGAAGAAGAAGAAAUUGAUAGGAAAACUGCAAUUGUGAAGGGAGGAAUUUACAUGGCAUUGGAUAUUGUUAUUGUGCUCGGUAUCAGUUGUUCAUUGUUUCUCUGGUUUUCUGGAUCAGGUAUCAAUCCCUACGAAAGAGCCAUGCCAUGCGGAGAUAUCUCUAUUCAGCAGCCGUUCAAAGAAAAUACAGUCGGACUUAAACAUCUUCUUGUUAUAACUCUCGGAUCUCCGUUCCUGAUUGUUGCUUUAGUAGAGGCAAUUCUUCACUUCAAGUCAAAGGGUUCCAACCGACUUGCCAAAUUCUUCUCAGCUACUACUAUCACUUAUUUGAAAUACCUUCUGAUGUAUGCAGCAUGCACAUUUGCAAUGGAAUUUCUCAAGUGCUAUGUUGGACGUCUUCGGCCACACUUUUUCAGUGUCUGCAAACCAGAUUGGUCGAAAGUCGAUUGUACUGACAAGCAAAGCUUUAUUGAUUCAAGCGAUCUUGUAUGCACCAACCCAAAUCCUCGCAAGAUCCGUACUGCCCGUACAUCAUUCCCGUCUGGACAUACAGCUGCUGCUUUCCAUGUGUUUCUUUUUGUUUAUAUCUACUUGAGAAGAAUGGCUGAAAAUACUGGGAUCAAGGAGAUCAUCACCAUUCGGAAUAUUCUCGUCCCCUCGUACGCACUUUGGACUGUUUUUUGCGCAGUUACAAGGGUUACCGAUAAUUGGCAUUUUCCAACUGAUGUCCUUGGUGGCGUUAUUCUGGCAGUUGUCUUCAUUAUCCCAGCAUUUUAUAGUUCAUGGACUACCACAGAGAUGAUCUACAAAACACGCAAAAUUGAACCGGGGAAUCAAAACAAAAAAACCGAUUGAAAUUCAUGUUGCAUUAUUUUUAGUUUAAAGUUUUUCCAUUCACCUUUUGUCCAUCCUAUUUUAUUCAAUUUUACUGUCUUGGGUAGGAUACGAGUUUCUCCUUGAAGAUUCACUUUUAAAAAUUUUUAAUUUUUUUCUAUUAUUAAUUGUUGAAUAUUUAUUCGAGAAAGAAACACAUUUUUC